CCCGAGGGCAGGACCUUGGAUACAUACGAUGAUAAGACGAAUCCGUUGGGCCAGCGGUCACAGAGGUUCCGAGGACAGUGACCAAACAGGGGUGCUUUCUGUUGUGAGCUGUGCAGGCAAUGCAGAUGGUACAGGCCCAGUACAUGCAGCUAUCAUAGGUGCACAGGAAACGGGGUCGACUGAACGAGAGAUGCGCAAAGUUAUCGAACAAGCAGAGAAGACACUGCUGGAGUUGCGCACUGGAGAAGAAUAUAGUUCACUUGGAGAUUCACACCAAACACAUGCAAAUAUAAAGAUGCAUGUUGAGGAAAUGAAAAAACGACUUGAUUUGAUUAAUGAAGAAUUGAAAGAUGUCCGACGAACACGUGCUGAAAGUGGUAAGGACAAUACAUGCAAUUGAUCAAGAACGAAUUUGGUCAUACAUUGACCACAUGUUUUAUCAGUGUUUCAUCAAGACAAGGGACAAGUCGCAAUAAAAUAAUGAACGUUUUCAAAAGUGUAUACACAUUUCACAUUUAAGAUUUAAUUACUUUUUAACGUUCGUAAUGUAGCCUGCCCGUAAUCAUCAGAUACAUGUUAUGAUGAUUACAAGACAGGAUUGAACAGUUAACUUCAUUACAUUAUAUAGUCGUAAAAAUGAAUUGCUAUCAAACGAGGUGUGUAUUUUAUUUGAUUGAGGGGUUAGUGAAAGCUUUCUGACGAAACAUCAACACUGAAUUAUGCCAAAACAGCUACAAAUAUAAACUUGAUGAGUUUCGUUGUACCUUAUUCAUUGUGUUCGUGUCAUUGACUAUGCCAAAAUGUCAAAUACUAAAGGUUUGAAAGCUCUUUGACGCUUUCAAUAAGCCAUAAAGUCCACGAUGCAAAAACUAGUACAAGAUUGAUUUGUUGAUUAUAAAUAAAGUCAUUUAUUUUAUGCUUUCCGGUGGUUUAUAGAGAAA